CUUAAGAAAGAGAAAGAAGGAAAGGAAGAGGAGGCUGAUGCUCCUUUUCCGGAGAGAGAGAGACCGAAGAGGGCGCAAGAGCGCGGGAGUGAGCCAGCGGGGUGAAGUGCGCCUGCUCCGUCGCCGCCGCUGCCACACGGGAGGAGAGACGUUUAUUCAGCUGCUGAAUGAGGGAAGGAACGGAGGGAAGGAUGAACAGAUAGAGGGACCAGUCAGUGAAUCAAUGAACGGAUCCCGACCGGGGCUUUUCCAGAGUACCGAACCGGUGAGGAGCCACACAGAGAACGUGUGUUUUGAACCCACACUGAGCUGACCCAGUAGAACUCAGUAGAGUCCAGUGAGGGUUCGGCUGCAUCGGCAGAAAUGGCAGCCAUGUCUGUGGCUCCGUCACCCUUCGCCUCCAUCCGACCAUCCCACUUCCUCCUCCUGGCCUUCUUUGUGCUGCUGUCUUGUCCCGGUUCCAUCCACGCAAGCGCCGCAGAGAAAAACUGUACGGCCAGCGGAGACCCCUGUCAGGAAGGAGUGGUACUGCCCGUGUGGAACCCUCAGAACCCCUCGGUGGGGGAUAAAGUGGCGCGGGCCAUUGUUUACUUCGUAGCGCUCAUCUACAUGUUCCUGGGCAUGAGCAUUAUAGCGGACCGAUUCAUGUCUUCUAUAGAGGUCAUAACCUCCCAGGAGAAAGAGAUCACCAUAAAAAAGCCGAACGGUGAGACCACGACGGCCACAGUCAGAAUCUGGAAUGAGACUGUCUCUAACCUCACUCUAAUGGCCUUGGGUUCCAGUGCCCCCGAGAUACUGCUGUCUGUUAUUGAGGUGUGCGGUCACGGUUUCGAGGCCGGCUCUUUGGGUCCCAGCACCAUAGUGGGCAGCGCCGCCUUCAACAUGUUCGUCAUCAUCGCCCUGUGCGUUUACGUGGUUCCCGAAGGAGAGACGCGCAAAAUCAAACACCUUCGGGUGUUUUUCGUCACGGCGGCCUGGAGCAUCUUCGCCUACAUUUGGCUUUACCUGAUCCUGAGCGUGUUUUCCCCUGGAGAGGUGGAGGUUUGGGAGGCGGUGCUGACCUUCCUCUGCUUCCCGCUCUGCGUGGUCCAGGCCUGGGUAGCCGACCGCCGCCUCCUCUUCUACAAGUACGUCCGCAAGCGUUACCGCGCCGACAAGAAUCGCGGCAUCAUCAUCGAGACGGAGGGAGGAGCCGAUGGAGGGAUAGGAGGCAUGGACGGAGGAGGCGGGGCAGGAGUGCUGGGUCCAGGCGGCUUCACCAAGAUGGACAUGCUGGAGCUGGACGGCCAGAUAGCGCUGAACUGUCACAGCGGGCUGGACGGAGGGAUGAUGGAGGAAGGAGGAGCGAAGGACGAGGAGGACGAGGCCAGGAGGGACAUGGCGAGGACGCUGAAGGAGCUGAAGCAGAGGCACCCGGAUAAAGACAUGGAGCAGCUGAUCGAGAUGGCUAAUUAUCAGGUCCUGAUGCAGCAGCAGAAGAGCAGAGCUUUCUACCGUAUCCAGGCGACCAGGAUGAUGAUCGGAGCCGGAAACAUCCUGAAGAAGCACGCCGCCGACCAGGCUCGCAAGGUGGUGAGCAGCCACGAGGCCCAGGCCCAGGAGGACGACCCUCACACCAUCAGGAUGGAGUUCGAGCCUCCUUUGUACCAGUGCUUCGAAAACUGUGGCUCCCUGAAACUGACCGUCGCCAGACAUGGAGGAGACGCAGGAGUUACUGUCAAGGUGGAUUAUCGCACAGAGGACGGUACAGCCAACGCAGGUUCAGAUUAUGAGUUUGCCGAGGGAACGCUGCUCUUCAAGCCAGGGGAGACCCUGAAAGAGAUCACAGUCGGCGUGAUUGAUGACGACAUCUUUGAGGAGGACGAGUAUUUCUACGUCCACCUCAGUAACCCUCGUGUGGUCGGAUACCCUGAGAUCGGCACCGCCCCUCUGGACGCCAGCGCCACGCCCAAAGCAGUGCUGGGUGACAAUCACACGGCCACAGUCACCAUCUAUGAUGAUGACCACGCAGGCAUCUUUACCUUUGAGAGCGCCACCCAGAAGGUGAGCGAGAGCGUCGGCGUCAUGGAGGUGAAGGUGUUGAGGACGUCGGGGGCUCGAGGCCUGGUGGCGAUUCCCUACCGAACCCUGGACGGCACCGCUAAGGGAGGCGAGGACUACGAGCUGGCUGCUGGGAAGCUGGAGUUUCAGAAUGACGAGACCAUGAAGAUAAUCGAGGUGAAAAUCAUCGAUGACGAAGAGUACGAGAAGAACAAGACGUUCACCAUCGAGCUGGGAGAGCCGGUUCUGCUGGAGAUUGGACAGAAACACGGUGACUCCAAUGAGAACAAGCCAUUGGUGGGAGCAGAGGAGGAAGAAGUGGCCAAGAUGGGAUGUCCCAGUCUGGGCGAACACACACAGGUAGAGGUGGUCAUAGAAGAGUCCUACGAGUUCAAGAGAGCAGUAAAUACUCUUGUUUGGCGCGCUGAGCAGAGUACGGUAGAUAAGCUGAUCAAGAAGACCAACCUGGCCUUGGUGGUGGGAAGCAGCAGCUGGAGGGAGCAGUUUGUCAGCGCUGUGACUGUCAGUGCAGGAGACGACGACGAGGAGGAGAGCGGCGAGGAGCGUCUGCCGUCCUGCUUCGACUACAUCAUGCAUUUCCUCACCGUCUUCUGGAAGGUUCUGUUCGCCUUCGUGCCGCCCACCGAGUACUGGAACGGCUGGGCCUGCUUCAUCGUCUCCAUAUCGCUCAUCGGCGUCCUGACGGCCGUCACCGGGGAUCUGGCGUCGCACUUCGGCUGCACGAUAGGCCUGAAGGACUCGGUGACGGCGGUGGUGUUCGUGGCGCUGGGAACGUCGGUGCCAGACACGUUUGCCAGCAAGGUCGCCGCCAUCCAGGACCAGUACGCCGACGCCUCCAUCGGCAACGUCACCGGCUCCAACGCCGUCAACGUGUUUCUGGGCAUCGGCGUGGCGUGGACCAUCGCCGCCAUCGCCUGGCGCUCCAAGGGGAAGCCUUUCAAGGUGGACCCGGGCAGCCUGGCCUUCUCCGUCACCCUCUUCACCAUCCUGGCCGUGGUGUGCGUCCUCACGCUGCUGUACCGGCGGCGGGCAUCGGUGGCUGGCGGCGAGCUGGGAGGGCCGCGGACUUGCAAGCUUCUAACGUCGCUGAUGUUCGUCUCGCUGUGGCUCAUUUACAUCCUGCUGGCUUCAUUGGAGGCCUACUGCCAUAUACCAGGGUUUUAAAUGGAGAGGGGGGAGAAGAGGGAGAGAGACCUACUGCCACUAUGAAGAGAGAGAGAGGGCGAGUCUUCAGGGAGGUCGGAGCAGAGGUGCAUUGAUGUAUUUCAGCUUUUCUGUGGAUGUUUUUUCUCUUUUUUUCUUGAAAAAUGAGUCUCAAACACUAAAACUCUGCAGUGAUGUCCAGACAAAUUCUCUGCAUUAGCAUCCUUUUCUUACUCUCCAUCUAUCCAGCGAGGAGGAAACUUCCAGGAUAAACACAUUUUCUAGAGCUAAGGAUCAACUUCUAUCCUCAACAGUGGACACUGCAGUUUAAUAGUUGAUAAAAAGCAGAUCAGAAGAUAAAAGAAGUCAGAGAAAACCUGAGAAAGGAAGCUGGCGGGAACAAAACGAGACAAAAGAGAAAAUCUGAGACAACAGAGAAAAGAAAACCAGGCAAGAGAAGAAGAAUAGAUGGACAGCAGCACCUCCUGACUCCCUCUCUCGCUCCCUCCAUCUUCACACUAUCGUCAUGGCAACGGUGAAUCCUCCCGUCAUAACCUUUCAACUCUGUAACACUAUCAGUGACUUAUUACUUCUACAUUUUUCCCCCCAAAUGCACACACACAGACACACACACUCUCGAUUCUCACCAACUUGCAGGCGAGAUGAAAACUGACCACCUUUGUUUUCCUUCCUGGAUACACUGUGCAAAGCGAGUCCCUCCACCUUCCAACACAUUCACACAACCUGUACACUUCUAUCCCUACGAACAGACUCUCCUCCGUCCCUCCCUCCCUCUUGCCUUACUUUUAUCUCCCCCCCGUAGGAAUCGUCUCAAAGUUGUGAUAAUGAAAAUGCCGUAGUCGCCACCAACCGGUCCUCUUUUUUCAAUUGAGCCAAUCCCGAGUCCUUUUCCCUUUUUCCCCCCGCCCCAGCGCUAUUUUUUUUCUACAACUUUUCAAUGGCGUCACGUGUUGAUGUUGUUACCGUGCAAUUGUAAAAAAGUAAAACAACAACAACAACAAGAGAAAAAGAUGUUUAACUACCGGAUGAAGAGAUGAAGAAAAAUGGUCCAGAUGUUGGAGUAGAACGUUGUCCACCUCUAAAUGGGUGAUUUUGUUGCAGUGCAGCAGCAUUGUGCACUAAGUGUGGUGAAGUGCACCGUUUACACUACGGCCAAGCAGCAAGUUAUGUAACGCCAAGAGACUUAGACACGAGAAGGACCAAUCAGAAUGAAGGACUGACUUUCAAGACGACGCCGAUGACAGUGUUGUUGAUGACAAAUCAAGACUAUGACCAUCCCCAGUGUUUCUAAAUGUACAUGAUAAUAUAAGAAACUUUUAUUGAUGUGUGUGAGAAAACAUUGGUAUUUCAUUUAUGUUGAGCUCCCCUCUUUGUACGGAAAACUCCGGAGGUGAAAGAGAAAGAUCCGCAAAAGAGUCGGACGCUGUGAAGGAAAUGUACGGCAGCUUUGAAAUAUCACAUGACUGUUCUGCAUCAGUGUCUGUGUACACAAAAACAUAAAAAAACACACAAGUCUCUGUUAUCCAAAGAUUUAAUAGAAGAACAUUGUCACUUCACAGGUAGAGUUCAGUUCAUUUUCAGUUUUUCUUACUUACAAACCCUCCACAAGCUGUUUCCUGUCGUUGGUAAAAACUGGCAAAUCGAUAAGUGUUCACACUACGGCUAAAUAUGCUAAAUGAUCUGAGAUCUUUUAUGGGUAAAACUGUGCUAUUUAUUUAGUUUUUGUGCAAUGUUGGUUGACUCAGGCAUGGUGUGUGUGGAAGUGAAGCCAGAAUAGCUCAAAAUGAGAAUAUUACGCCAUAUAUCAUGUAAAAAAUCAGCUGUUUUGUCUGUGUGAGAGUGUUGAAGCCCAGAUUAACAUUAUGUGGUGUCAUUACUGCUGUCCUGCCCGCAGGCUGGACUGAAACUGGACAGAAGGGAUGGCAUAUGGCUUGUCAGUGUAGAUUAUUAUUGAAUGCAUUCCCCUUGUUAGCAGUAGUAUAGAAAGAGGAGCUCUGCAGGAACCGAGCCGUUUUCCUCUCAGCUGCCCACCAUGCUGAUUGUGAACUUCAAGGAGAAUCCUCCUGAGAGAAAACAAUAAUUUGGCUUUUUGUUGUCCUCCUAAGUGAAAAACGGGCCUGAAAACAACAAUUUACCUGCCCACCAUCUCCCUUUUGUUAGAUAUGGACAAAUUAGCCGCCGCUUUCAGCCCCCAUGUAAAUGCAGGCUUCACAAAGGCAGCUCAGGAAAAGCCUCUGAUGUAGCCUGAAUAUGGUCGCUGCUUGUAAAAAAGGGAAUUAAGUGAUUGAUAUGGAGCUGAGCGACGUUUCUCUGCGGGGUAAAAUGCUGUUUUUGUUAACUUUCCCCUCUAAUGUGACAUUUUCGGUGCCACACCAGUUCCCUUUUGCAUUCUGACAGCUAUAAGGUGAGAUAUUCCAAACUUUUACUGUAGAGGAUCAGUGAAAGCAGCAGUCGAAGCUUCAGACAGCUGUUUUCCAGCCAGUGGUUCGUUGAUAGAAAGAGUUUGGCCUCCUGCCACGUUGCUCUCGGUCUGUUUCAAAGGGAUAUUUUUUUGGCUGCUAAUAUUUAACAUUGCUGUCUGGAAUUAAGACAUGAUUGCUGAGUUUCCACCUCAUGGAGCAGCCACCCUGAAGCUCGGAGGGUUUCCGUGUCUUGGCCAAGGACAUUUCAACAUGUUAGGAGUAAAAAAAAAAAAACUGAGGACAUGUCAAGUCCUCCACAGCAUCCUCUAAGUCCAUCGUCCUUGAAAAAUUUCAGCAAAUAUUAUAAAACUAAGUUGUUAUUUGAGCAAAUUAGCACCGAAAGGAAUAUUAUAAAAAUUGCCAAAAUUAUAUCAUUUAUCAGAGCCAGGAACUGUCAAAACAGAGAUAAUUAUUGCACUUUUGUAACUUUCUGAUGGUCCAAACUCAACUAAAUCUAAGCUUAAAAUCGUGAUAUUUCCUCAAAAUCACUUUUUUCUAUAAGUCUCAUUUCAAUAGUCCAAAAAUUUCAUCCUCGGCACAACCAUGAAGCCAUCUGUGACACUUCUCGGCUGAACUGCAGGCUGUGUUUACAUAGUAGCAGUCAUUAGUAGUCAAGCAGGAAAGCAAAUUAAAAAUUUAAGUAGUUUUUGCCCAGUAGUGGUCAUCAAAAAAAUUCAACUGUCUAUUUCUUUUACUGUGAUUAAUGAUGUUAUAGAUGUUAUGCUGCACAAAAGACAUUUCUAGGUUCCCUCUACUUCUAGCCAUGGUUGUGCUGUUUCCAUAGAGGUGCAGGACUUUAUAUUGCAGUGAAAAAUGAGCCCACAGUGAGUAAAAACACCUCAAAACUGCUUGGAGGUGAUGAUAACUUUAAAAUACAAACAUCUUCAGGCAGUUUCAGGAGCUGAAAGCGUCAUUUUUACCUGAUUUCUGAGCAGAUCUUUGGAUGUGGAAUGUAAAUUGAUGUGAAUCAGGUUUGAGUAUUGGAAAUUGCAGCAAUCGGGUUGAGGUGCUUAUCAGCAGAUGAGAUCAAACUCCAGGAACUAACUGCUUCUUUCAACACUACGAAUGUCAACCACCGAAGUCAUUCAGGAUUCAUAUCUUUUCUGGCGGUUUAUUCAAUAUUUAUAUUUCAGUCAGAGCCAGAUAUUGCCCCAAACUACAGAAGACAUGACCUCGGUGUCCUCGGCUGUAGCUUCAGGCCCGACUGCUCGCUGACGCUGUGUUUGGAUAAUUGUCACGCCGCUGAAACUCCGGAACCUGCUCCAGUCUUUACUGCAGGAAGGUAGACGGAGGUCAUGAGCCGGUUGACUCUCCAGGAUGCCAGCUGGGCCAAACUCUUUUUUCCUCAAUGACUGAGCCUUCCGUACCAGUUUAAGAAUGAGUGGGCAGGAUAAUAGUGCUGCUGACGCCACAGGAACACAAAAACACUGGGCCAGAUUUAGAAAUCGAGGCUUUUUAAAGGCUGAUAAGCCUCGCUGGAGGACGGCUGCGUGUGCAUGCUUUAUUAGUGAGCAAAGAAAUGCAACCGUAUUUUUAGUCUUUUUGCCUGUUGCUUAGCGACCAUCUAUCUGCUAGCCGUUGUCUUCUUGACUGUUGCCGGUGUGUGCGAGGCAUCAUGUGUGUGUCAUUUAACAGUUCCCCCUUUGUGUGUGCUCGCCUUCCUUCUAGUGAAUGUGACAAUGUGGUUUGGUUUUUCUCUCUUUGGGGAAAAGUUCAACAUGUCAUGUUUUUCUACAUGUAUGUUUCUUUUGCUUUGUUUCUCCCCCGUGCCUCCCCUUCGUUUGCAUGUGUUUCCAUUGUGUAUUUGUGCCUUUGUGUGUGAGUGUGUGUGGGUCGGUGUUCUAAUCUCCUUACAAGGGCUCGCCCUGUGUGUCCCUGGCUGAGUCCCAUAUGCUAGAUUAAUGAAUUUGAAUGCCAACCUGACCCACAGUAAAAAAAAAAAGAAAAAGACCUGGAAAUUGGAUUCCCUGUCUAGUGUGUGUGUGUGUGUGUGUGUGUGUGUGUGUGUGUACCUGCCAGGUGUGUGAGUGUGUACCUGUCAAAUGAGAUUAGAUAUAUAAUAGAUCCGGCUGUCAAUCGAGGCUGGGAAUAGAUGCUGGCACUUUGCUUGAUAAAGUGUGUGUUUGGAUCAGUGACGUUAAGGUCUCAGCCUCCUCGUAUCCUGAUUGGCUGUUUGGCUGCAUGUAAACGCGUGUGCAGAUUAAUGUUAAUUCACGCACAUGUGCAGAGGAUCAAUAUGGAAAUCAGUCGCUAAGCUACACACACACACUUUCUCUGCACUGCUGACAGCAUCUACUGUCUUUAAAUAGAACUGUGAGGAAAAUGUAACACUUAAAAUGAGAAAAUAACUACAGUUGUGGCCUGGGAGAGGGAACUGAAAUGUGUUUAUUUCCUACAUGAUUUGCUGUGUGUGUGCGUGCGUGCGUGCGUGCGUGCGUGCGUGCGUGCGUGCGUGCGUGCGUGCGUGCGUGUGGCCCUGUGUGUGCGUCUGAGGUGCAAGUAAUUGACUUUCUGAUGGAAAGAAUAUUUGUAAAAGCAUUUCUAUUCAAGUAAACCUUGAAGCUAGUGGCAUUGUUGUUACACCCUUUUCACAAUUUUUCUGAAUGAAAACUGUUCAGCAACUAAUUCACAAAGACAUUAUUAAUAAUAAUAAUAAUAAUAAUAAUAAUAAUAAUAACAUGGAUAAAUACAGACAAAACAUAGAACCUUGAAAUAUCAAAAUAAUCCAAAACUGGCAAAAUUCUGAAUCUUACUCAUCCCUCUAAAACUAAUUCUUACAUUUUCAUUGAAGAAAAUCAAUGGGAAAGUGAAGCUCCUCCUAUUUCAGAACUCUACUCUCUGAUUGGUUGUUGCUUUGGGUGACAGAAUGGACAGCCAAUCAUAAAACAGGAUCCAUCCUGCUUGACUUUCUGCUUUGUAUCAUUGAAAUUAUAAAAGGAAAUUUCACAAUACUGACGUGAAUGUCAAAAAUGUAUUAUUUUCUCACCAUUUCUUCCUGGUUACAUUAAAUAUUUUGUCUGUAUUUAUUUAUAGAGCUAUUUCUUUUAUAAUGUCUUGCAUAUUUUGGAGCCUCUGAAGAAGAACAAGUUGUGCUUUUUGGAAAUGUUUGGAUAUAUAUGUAAAGAAUUUGGUACAAGUAAUUCCUGAAUAGUUCAUAAAGAACAAAGUGAAUUUACAUUUUUGUGCUUUGCCACCUUUCUAAUUUGGAAACAUCUCCAGUAUGUGUGUUUCAGACCUCUAUCUAUUAAUCAGUGUGUAUUUUCUUUGUUUUCUACUUUCUUUUCUCCCUCCCUCUCUACGUUAGCCACUCUCUACCUUAUAAAUAUUUAUAUAUUUUUCACUUUAUACUCAUGCAGCCCUAUUUAUGAGGUCACAAAGUGCUUUUGAUAAAAAUAUCUGGUGUUUUAAUUUUUUUUCAGUCAUUUUAUUAUUAUUAUCUUAUUGUACUUUUUUGUUGCAUUUGUUUUCAUUUGUUUUUGUGUUGUUCUGGUGAUUUGUUUUGUAAAAGGACAAAAAAAAUCCCUCGAAGAGUAGAACAACUUAGAAUAGUAACAAACUACAAUGAGUGUGCGCUUAUCCUUUUGAUUGUGAGUGUGUGUUGAGGGUGUGUGUGUGUGUGUGUGUGUGUGUGUGUGUGUGUGUGUGUGUGUGUGUGUGUGUGUGUGUGUGUGUGUGUGUGUGUGUGUGUGUGUGUGAAUGUGCGCAUUUCUUCAUAUCAUUCCGUCCACGAGUGUGUCGAUGCAUGAAUUAAACUCAUUCUGAAUACAGUGUUGAUGUUGGAAACUGUCGUAGUAAAGAGUAAAGUAUUUUUCAAUGCUGAAAAUGACAUGAUAUGAAAAACGAUAUAGAUGUUUACAAAGACCAAACUAUUCUUUUUCUCUUUUUUUCUCAAAGGUGAAAUAAAACUUGACUGGCAAAUGCUCAGAA